UUUUCUCCUUUUCCUUCGAGCUCUGUCUAUAAAUUCAUGCACGCACACCAGUUCGGACCCUCCUCCCCUCACCUAUCACGCAGCCUCCCUCGGUCUCUCUCCCCCACCAACCAGCCCAUCUGUGUUUCUUCUCUCUCUCUCUCUCUCUUUCCGUGUGCACAUGGAGGACUCCAACGCUGACCCAGCAUCCGCCGCCGCCGCCUCGCCGCCGGAGGACUUCUCCGGCAAUGCGUACGGACCCUCUUUGCUGGCGGAAGGCGCGAGCCCGUUCCGCCGAGAGCUCCCCGAGCCGGACGUUUGGAUCCUUACCUCCGGCGGCCUUCGCAUCCCCGCCCACUCUGGCAUUCUGGCAUCCGUGUCACCGGUGCUGGAGAACAUCAUAGACCAGCCUCGGAAGCACCGGAGCUCCGAGCGGGUCAUACCGAUCCUCGGCGUCCCCUGCGACGCCGUCUCGGCCUUCGUCGGAUUCCUCUAUUCCUCGAGGUGCACGGAGGACCAGAUGGAGAAGUACGGGAUCCACCUGCUGGCGCUGUCCCAUGUGUACCUGGUCCCGCAGCUGAAGCAGCGGUGCACCCGGGCGCUGAUCCGGCGGCUGACGGCCGAGAGCGUGGUGGACGUCCUCCAGCUGGCGAGGCUGUUCGACGCUCCGGACCUCUACCUCAAGUGCUUGAAGCUGGUCCACGCCCAUUUCAAGUCCGUGGAGGCGACUGAGGGCUGGAAGUUCCUGCAGAACUACGACCCGUGGCUCGAGCUCGAGAUCUUGCGGUUCAUGGACGAAGCCGAAUUGAGGAAGAAGAAUAGGAGGAGGAACAAGGAGGAUCAGAGCCUGUAUCUGGAGUUGGGUGAGGCCAUGGAGUGCUUAGACCAUAUAUGCACGGAGGGCUGCACGAGCGUCGGGCCGUGCGAUGCCGAGCCCGCGAGGAAGAAGGAGCCGUGCGGCAAGUUCGCCAUCUGCCAUGGCAUCCAGCUCUCGAUCAAGCAUUUCGCGACUUGCGAGAAGCGGGUCGGCGGAGGUUGCUCGAGAUGCAAGAGGAUGUGGCAGCUUCUCAGAUUGCAUUCUUCGAUCUGUGAUCAGCCCGACUCUUGCCGGGUUCCCCUUUGCAGGCAAUUCAAAUUGCGAAUGCAUCAAGAGAAGAGGAAAGCCGAUGCCCGUUGGAAGCUGCUGGCGAAGAAACUCAUCUCGGCGAAGGUCCUGUCCUCCUUGUCUCAGCCCAAGAGGAAGAGAGCAGGGGAACCGAGAGAGGAAGUAAGUGAGCGCGGCAUUAGAAGCAUGAGAUUGUCGCCAAUCGCGAGCCAUUAGCAUUUCGUUAGUUGCGGACCUGUAAAGAUGGGAAUCUGGUCUUGAGCCAGCACCUUUUUUGCGGCUUAUGACCAGAUCAAAUCGAUAAAAUGUGCUUUCAACGCUCGCUGGUAUAAUAGGCAGGAAUUGUUGCUUAUAAUAUAAUUAUAGAUGUUCAAGUUGAUGCAGAUGCAAGUUAUCUAUGGGGGUCUUUAUAUUACCCAACCGUAUAGUCUUUUGAUGUUCAUAACGUUCGACGGGCAAAUGCAGAUUCAGCGAAGAAAAUUGCCCGAAAUGUAGCAAAUAGAAAUUGUCACAUGUAUGCUGCAACUUGUGGUGAUUUUGUAAUGAACAGAGCUGUCCUUCUCUUACUUUCUCA